AUUUAUAUCAUCUGAUUCUAACUGAAAUCAUCCUUAAAAUCCCAAUUUCAAUCCAGAUUCUCUCUUCUUUUUGUCAUGCAAACAAUCUGUUCGACCUUUUGUCUAGCAGAAUUUUCUUGAUAACUUCAUUUGAGUUUCUGUUUUUUCUGUACUUCACUAUAAAAUUUGAUAAAUUCAUUCGAUAUUUCAUUAACAAGGUCGACAACCCAUCAAGAGAGAUUUCUCAAAAUGCAAAGUAAAGUUUCUUUUCGUUCUUGGUUUCGUUUGGUUUUGGGGGUUUAAUUUGAUGAACCCAUUUGAGAAUCGAUUGAAAAGAUUGCAACCCAUCAAGGAAUUUCGUUUAGUUUAGAGAAUUUGAUCAUGGAUCCUUUCUACUCAGUUGUUAAGGAGGAAUACCCAUUAGGUGGAUCAAGUUCUACUGUUGGUGGCAGUGGUAGUACGGUACCGGAAAAGCAGCCGGUGGUGGUGGAAGUGCCGCAGAUAAUGGUGAUGCAAGUGCCACAGCCAAUGGAGGGUCUUCAUGAUUCUGGACCUCCACCUUUCUUGACAAAAGUUUAUGAAAUGGUGGAUGACCCAAAUUUUGAUCACAUUUUGUCUUGGAGUAGAGGAGGUCAAAGCUUUGUUGUUUGGGAUACACAGGCUUUUUCUACUAAUCUCCUCCCAAGAUACUUCAAGCACAACAAUUUCUCUAGCUUUAUUAGACAACUGAAUACCUAUGGUUUCAGAAAGAUCGAUCCUGAUAUAUGGGAGUUUGCUAACGAAGCCUUCUUGAAGGGCCAAAGGCACAUUUUGAAGAACAUCAAAAGAAGAAAAACAUCUUCUCAUCCUCCUCCACAACAAGAAGCUAACAAUCUGUGUGUUGAAGUUGGAACGUUCGGAUUAGAUGGUGAAGUAGAACGUUUAAGACGUGAUAAACGGGUUCUUAUGACGGAGCUCGUGAAACUCAGACAACAGCAGCAAAACACCAGAAGCCAUCUUAAAGAAAUGGAGCUCAGAUUAAAAGGAACAGAAAAGAAGCGGCAAAAAAUGAUGGGUUUCUUGGCGAAAGCUCUGCAAAAUCCCGAAUUCAUACAGAAACUCGCUUCUCAUGGUGAAAGAAAGAAUCUUGCAGAAGCCUUCAUGAAGGAAAGGCGAAAAAGACCAAUUGAUCACGGAUCUAAUCGUGUUAACAUCAUGGAAUCAUCUGAAACUAGUAACGAAUUUGGGGACCUUUCGGAGCUUGAGGAACUUGCUUUAGAAAUGCAAGGUGUUGGUAGAUUGAAAAGAAGUCAAGAGGAAGAAGCUAAAGAUCUUUCCGGGGUUCAAGAGUUCGAUGAGGAAUUCUGGGAAGAGUUGUUUAGUGAAAGAUUUGACAUUGCUGGAAGCGAAGAUGGCGAGGCUGAUAGGUUGGAUUUCUUGGGUUCAAAUGCGAAGUGAAAACCGACAUUUAUCUCCAUUGAUAACAGUUGAAGACACAGAGAAUUAUAACCAGUUUCUUGAUCUCACCAUUGUUGAUUAACUUGUUGAUUCUUGAUCUUUUGUAGCU